CAAGAGUGAGAGAUUGUUUUGAUUAUUGAAAAUUGUGAAUUUUUCAAAUCGACGGAUUGUAAAAUUGUUAAUUUAAAAAACACCAAAACAUAAUAAUUAUGGAUCGUGAAGAUCGUCAAUUUGAAAUGGUUCUGGAUUCAUUGCUUCAACGAAGCCAAGAUCUAAUGAAAGCAUUAUCAUUAUUCAUGAAUCGUAUCGACAAUGAACAAUUGGAAUAUAAUCAUUAUGCUGAUGCUUUUGCUUCAUUUCAAGGUUAUAUAAAGAAUAUUCUUAAAGUGGUGCGAUUACAAAGUCAAAAUUUGGCUAUACGAACAGUAUUUCCAUUGAAAUUGGCACCAAAUGAUGAUGAAAUGUUAAUUAAUGCCACAGAAGGGCGUCUUCGUUCAUUGAAUCAUGAUACGGCACCAAUAUAUCUACGAACAAAAUUGGAACCUGAACUAGAGAAUCGAUUAAAUCUAUUUUCAACCAAAGGAAAUUCCAUUAAUAAUGAUCAAGCACAGAAACAAAUCCAGACCGCCAACAAAAUAAGUCAGAAUAUGGUUGAUUUGAUUCGAAGCCAUAAAGAAGAAUGGGAAAAUGAUAGCCGUAAUCCAAUGCCACAGACAUAUUUACAAACGGAUACAUAUCAAUUAUCUGCUGCUAUAUUCAAUGGUAAAGGUUUACGAUCUGGUGCGGAUAUGAUUUCAUUGGGACAACAAAAAACAGGAGUUGCAAGUCCAACAACAACAACAACUGGUCAACGAAAUGCACCAGGAAAAGCACAGCCAAGUAUCAAGACACAAAUCAAAGCCGCAACAUCAAUUCAUCCAUAUCGUUGAAUGGUAAAUCGUUUUCAAAAAAAAAAUUUAAUCGACAAAAAAAUUUUCCAAUUAUGUAUGAUAAAAAUAUACAAUUAAUGUGAAUCAUUGUAAAGAUUCAAUGUUUUAAAAUUUGAUGUAAAUCGAUGAAUAAAAAUUAUGAAAAAAAACCGGGAUAAUAAUGAAAUCAGUGAAAUAAAUGAGCCAAUUGAAUCCAUUCA